AUGAAUAGUUUAGUGCAAGAUGAUGGCUUUGAGUACUUGGCCAAUGAGGAGCAGUACCAAAGUUGGAUCACGCCCUUUGAUCAGCCAAUUGGUUAUCUGGGGGAAAAAGAACUCUCCAAUGCCAAUUCGCCCCUAGAUUUUCUAUCACUCUUUCUCUCUGAUGAGUUCUGGAAUUUACUUGUUAUUGAGACAAAUCGCUAUGCCCAUCAGUUUUUAGCCUCCCAUCAACUCCAGCCACACUCCAGAUUUCAUCAAUGGUCUGACGUAACUGUCAGUGAAAUGAAAGCCUUUUUUUCCCUGCAUUUGAGUAUGGGUCUGGUAGAGAAGUCAGAGUUGGAGGAUUAUUGGGCUGAAUAUUGGCCAACAGCAACACCUGGAUUUGGGAAGGUGAUGUCCAGGAAUAGAUUUGAGAUGAUUUUGUCUUUCCUUCAUUUCACUAAUAAUGAGGAGUAUGUUGACAGGGGUCAGCCAGGCUAUGACAGGCUAUUCAAAAUCCGCCCAAUAAUUAAUUUGGUCAUCCCCCGGUUUUCAGCAGUGUAUGGCCCAUCUAAGCAGCUGUCACUGGAUGAAAUGACGAUUGCAUUCAAAGGAAAAUCAACCCUAAAAAUGUAUAACCCAAACAAACCAGACAAAUAUGGUUACAAAGUAUUUGUUCUGAGUGAGGCAAAGUCAGGCUAUGUGCUACAGUGGUCCAUGUACACUGGACAAAAUAGGCCUAAUGGUGAUUUCGGUGCCACACACCUUGUUGUCCGUGAGCUGAUGGCCCCGUACACAGGGAAAGGGCAUGAGGUGUACAUGGACAGCUAUUACACCUCGCCAGCCAUAGCAGAUGAGCUGGCAAACAAUGAUUCGGGUUUGUGUGGGACUGUCAGCAGUAACAGGAAGGGGAUGCCAAAGGGCCUCACCCGUGAACAGCUGCCAUUGAGCAAGGGAGAUGACCCAGUCUUCAUGAGGAAGGGGAAGUUGCUAGCUUGUGCGUGGCAUGAUACAAAGCGCCUCACAAUGCUCUCUACACUGCAUUCCAACACAUGUGUCAGAAAGCGCAUCAGGACCAAACACACUGAUAGUGGCUAUAGGGAGAUAAAUAGGCCUGUUUGUGUUGAUGACUACAAUUCAUUCAUGGGGGGUGUCGACACAGCAGACCAGAGAAUGAAGACCUACCUCUUUCCCCAUAGAUCAAGGAAAUGGUACAAUAGAAUUUUCAAUGGCAUUCUCAGUGUAAGCAUGGUGAAUGCCCACAUCAUUUACUGCCGCUGCACUGCUGCUCCUCACAAGCCCCUGAAAGUCUUUGUGCAGGAUGUCAUCUCUGCUUUACUGGAAGGCUUCUCCAGGAAAGAGAGCAACAAAGGCCGAAAGUCAUCCUCACUGGGAGACAUGCCACAGAGACUCACUGAGCGCCACUUUAUGUGCCAGGCUGAUGGUAAGCCAGAUUGUGUCGUUUGUUCUGAUCGGACCCACCCUAAAGGCCGCCGUCAGACAAAAUACAUGUGUAGGCAGUGUGGGGUGGGUCUUUGUGUUGUGCCUUGCAAUGAGAGGUACCACACCCUGAAACACUACAAGAAAUGUCACUUGGAUGGAUAG